UUCUUGGGAAUCACUGAAGAAGUGAAGAGUGAAGAGUGAAGAAGGGUUGUAUUUGAGUCGAGUCUGGAAUGGCGAUGGAAGAAGGUGAGAAGAUGGCUAAUGGCAAUAAUGAUCACGAAAUCAAAUCGCUCCUCUCAUCAACAGGGAGGGAUUUCCUUAUCCGGAACAACGGCGAACAGGUGAAAUGUGACGAUUUGAGUGGGAAGAACAUUGGGCUAUAUUUUUCUGCGUCAUGGUGUGGGCCAUGUCGACGUUUCACUCCAAAUUUAGUGGAUGUUUAUAAUGAACUCUGUCCUCAAGGUAAUUUUGAGAUUAUAUUUGUCUCGGCUGAUGAAGAUGAGAAUGAAUUCAAUGAGUAUUUCUCCAAGAUGCCAUGGCUUGCAAUCCCUUUCUCUGACUCAGAGACACGUGAUCGGCUUGAUAAAUUGUUCACGGUGACGGGGAUACCCUACCUUGUAAUACUUGAUGGGAAUGGCAUAGUUGUUACCCAGUCUGGUGUUCCGAUCAUACGUGAUUAUGGAGUGGAAGGGUUCCCAUUUACAGUAGAAAAAAUCACAGAGCUAAAAGAGCGAGAGGAAGCAACCAAAAAGGCACAGUCAUUGAGUUCUAUAUUGGUUUCACAAUCUCGGGACUUUCUAGUUUCAAAUGAUGGGAAGCAGGUUCUAGUCUCUGAGCUUGAAGGAAAGACAGUAGGUAUAUAUUUCUCCUUGUCUGGUUAUGGUUCAUGCAUGGAAUUUACUCCAUUACUAGUCGAAGUUUAUGAAAAACUGAAGGGGAGAGGAGAAAAUUUUGAAGUGGUCUUAGUCUCCCUUGAUGAUGAUGAAGAAAAGUACAAGGAAGACUUCCAAAAAAUGCCAUGGUUAGCAUUGCCUUUCAAGGAUAAGACUUGUAACAAGCUGGUUCGAUACUUUGAGCUUGAGACUCUUCCCACCCUUCUUAUAAUAGGGCCGAAUGGAAAAACUCUGAAUCCCAAUGUUGCUGAGCUCAUAGAAAAUCAUGGAGUUCAAGUAUACCCAUUCACACCCGAAAAGUUGGAAGAGAUCGCAAAGAUAGAGGAGGCAAAACUAGAAGCACAAACUUUAGAAUCAAUUUUGGUUCUGAAAGAUCGGGAUUUUGUGAUUAGUAAAGAGGGCACCCAGAUUCCGAUCUCUCAGCUUGUUGGAAAAAACAUCAUCCUAUACUUCUCUGCAGAAUGGUGUCCCCCAUGUCGUGCUUUUCUACCUAAGCUGAUCAAUGCUUACCACAAGAUCAAGGCAAUGGAUGAUGCAUUUGAAGUGAUUUUCUUAUCUAGUGAUAAUGACCAAGCUUCCUUUGAUGAAUUCUUUUCAAAGAUGCCAUGGUUAGCCAUCCCUUUUGGUGAUGAAAGGAAAAAGUUUUUAAGUCGCAAGUUCAAGGUUUCUGGUAUCCCUACUGCAAUAGCCAUUGGACCCACUGGCAAGACCAUCACCAAGGAUGUCAGGGAACUUAUGAUGGUCCAUGGGGCUGAUGCUUAUCCUUUCACUGAAGAACGCUUGAAAGAAAUGGAUGCAAAACUUGAGGAGCUUGCAAAGCAAUGGCCUAAGAAGGUCAAGCAUGAGCUCCAUGAGGAGCAUGAACUUGUGCUUAUUCGAUAUCCAAUAUAUGGUUGCGAUGGGUGUGGGGAGGAUGGCAAUGGCUGGUCCUUCCACUGUGAAGAUUGUAAUUUUGAUCUCCAUCCAAAGUGUGCUCUAGAGGAAGACAAAGCAAAGAAAGAUGAUGCGAAAGAUGUUGAUGCCGAUGAAGGGAUUGAGCAAGCUUCCAAGGAAGAAUGGACCUGUGAUGGAGAGGUUUGCCGUAGGGCUUGAGGAGUUGAUAUUACCAUAAAUUGAUACUUAUGGCACUAUGAUCUCUAUUUGCUUGUUUUGUUGUAGACCUAAUCAUCUUAGUUGAAAUGUAUUCAUAGGGCUGCUCUGUAUUUAAGCAUAUAUAUAGGUUUGGUUG